AUGGAUGUCGGGCAUCCAAUCUCGACAGCAGAUUUCCUAAUCACCAAAAGCCUCUCGUUCAUCUUUGCCCGUUGGUUCAUCGGUGUUCUGCGCCAACAGAGCUGUCCAGACGUAAACCAUCUACCGCAACCGCGCAAUUUGUUGACUUCUACUCGCCGAGCAAUCGCAUUUUCAUUGUGCAUUGUUCACUCGCAGAGGUCCUCUCAGCUCCGGUUGUUUGAGGGUAGCGGUAUCCUGUCUUUACUCACAACUGGCAAAAUCUCGCCCUCCCACCCGUUCACAUUCGCAUUGGCCGAAAUCCAUCAACCGGAGGAUUCCUUCUUCUUUCCAGUUCUCUUCACCUUUUUGCACUUUCGUCGUCGACGCUCAGAAUUCCACUGGCUCCGGCUAUUCGUCAAGCUCUGCUGUCGGUGUGAGCAUGGCUCUUUCCUGACAAACAGAGCUGAAUCACACUUUCUUUCCGCCGCGCCUCCUCGUUUACUUUCCCAGCAGAAAUCAUCCUACGUUCGGGAGCAACAGAUUGUGGGCGUCAUGUGGAGGUCGAAGAGAUCUCGCAGGGGAAGCGAGAGCAAUGGCUCGAUCUCAAUCCAGCCCCUACUUGACGAUGACAAGGUCUACCUUCCAGACAGUGAUGUGUUUGUCACUACCACCAAGUCAGGGAAGCCCGCUCUCGCCCGCAAGAAGAAGGAAAAUGUGCUCCGAGACCACGGCUUCGACCUGCUGGGCCAGAGCUUUGGUAUUUCAUCUCGUGCCGAUUUCCAGCGAGGUCGCCGUCCCAGCAUCGUCUCCCAAGCUUCGAGAUCUAGAUCUGCCCGAAGUACUCCGGCGCCUCGAAUAUUCGAGGUAGAUACCGAUGGUGAGGAAUCCAUUCUUGCAGCAAAGGCCAGGGCCAGGCAAAUCAACGAAGGCUCGUCAAGUUCUUCUUCACGCUCAACGUCAAGACCUCGAGGAAUACUUCGUCACCCUGAGACUUACCCACAGGCGGUAUGGGAAGAAGGCCAACCUCAAACUGUACCCGACCCAAAGCAUAGACCUCGGUCCUUCUCCCAGGCGAGCCCUACAACCAAUGAGCCCUCUGAACGAAUACGGUUCGCUCGCUAUGAUUCCGAGGAGGAGUCUCCCCGGGUUUCCGAAGCAACUGGUGCAUUCUACAUUCCUCUAGGACCUCCACAUGUACACCCAUAUCCUGGUAUCGCUGCCAGCAACAUCGUCCAUGACCAAGCUUUGGGCCAGUAUGGAUAUCCGAACUGGCCUCUCACAUCAGGCUACGUCGCUCAGAGCAUGCCCACGGACAACCUCUCGAGAAACGUCCCCAUCCACCAGACACAAAGUCUCGGCAUAUCAGGCUUCCAUCCCGGAUCUGUAGCGCCGCAGUCGACCUCAGUGCCUGCAAUGACGCAAAACCAGCAGGCCGGUGCCCCCUACUUGCAACAGCCUGCGAACUUCAGCUUCAUUCCGCCUCCGCCACCGCGACCUCCAGGAAAUUUUGGUACUGGAGGUGCCAAUACCCAGUCUUCUACUUUGCAAGAGGACGAAAGAAUCAAGAAUCACUUCGAGGCUGUGGUCAAGCCUCAUCUGGCUUCACGUAACCACCAAGGCCGGAAUAGCGAGGAAACCAAGGAUUCCCAGGUGGCCGUCGCAAAGCCUGGUGAUGAGGUGCACGAAAGGCGACGGCGCAAGUCAAGAAGACACAAACAUGUGUGUGCCGGUUGUGGUAGAACCAGAUCAAGAGGAUACCAUCUAGACCAUCCCCUCAAAAGGGGUGAAACACCUGAGCCGGGUUAUUGCCGUCGAUGCACAGCUACUGCUGAGUACACAGACUCUGAAGCGAGCGAAAGUGUUUCCAGCGUGUUCAUGACGUCUGCUCUGCCUCCGAUGAGCACCGAUGAUGAGGUAGUUAUGCCUGUUGCCGCAUCCAAGUCUGGUAAGAAGACUCAAUGUCAGAAAUCUCUCGCAAGGAAUGGACGUGGCAGCUUCCUCAAGGCGAUGUCUUCUGUCAUAUAUGGCAGCCAUCGCGGUCGCAAGCCAUCUUUGUCCACGCCCGAGGAGGCCAGUUCCCGGGCCUCGUCACGAAGCCGAAGUCGGGGGCGUCGGAUGCGGCGUCCAGAUCGUAGUGCCUCAACAAUCCGUCCGGUUAAGACUCAUAAACCACGAUCGCCUCUCCUCAAGCCUUCGUCAGCACAACCACUAGGUACCGCGAAAGCCUCGCCCUCUCAUCUUCAUGGCCCCCCAGCUGUCAAUCCAUCACUUGCGAGUGAGCAGCGGGCUCGAGCUUCGGUCGAAUCUUCUCACAGGCAGUCUAUUGGCGACUCCAAAGCACCAUCCACGGCCGUUACUUACGGAAGGAAGUCUAGGGAGCAGAAGUCUCAGUCAGUAGAGCAUUCUUCCCAGCUGUCACAACGCGAGGCAGGAUCCUCUUCGAGAAACGCUGCGGGUCUCAGGAGCCAACGGGGCAAGAGCGAUAUUGUACCGAACUUCUCACACAAAGCAAGUCCUCAGAGGUUCGGUGCUGCUUCGAAUAAAGGCAGCCACGAGUCUGUUCCGAGUACUGAGGCUUGGUACCAGCAACCUCUCGUUCAUGACGAAAGGUCUGAGCUCGCCCAGAAAAGCCGAUGUUUUUCAAGUCUAGAUCCUCAGCAACACAGCGGCCGGCAUAGCCAUUCUCUUGGAGAUGAAGCCAUCGAUAAGCCUGCCACCUCUCGGGGGCUUGGUCGCAAAGGGAACGAGUCCGCUCCCCCGGCUAUCAAAGACAAACCUGUCUCUAAUUCUCAGCAAGAAACAUUCGAUAUCCCCCCUGUUGGUCGUAGUAAUAGCCCCACCAGAAGUAACGUUUCAGCUUCACCGAGCAGUAAGAUCGGCUCAGGUUGCCCAGGGAUCUUUGAGAAAGCGCCCAACUUCGACGAGCUUCUGGAGAGAUCAGAGAACGUCGAUCUGGACAUACCUGCUAUGACAGGCAACGCCUUCUGUUCUUGGGAUGAACGAGGCGAUGAUCUGGAGCCGGACCUAAUGUCACCUGACAACGAUCAUUUUGAUUCCAUGCCCGCCACGCCUGCUGAUGCAAACUGGGCUGUGCUCGACACCGAACCGCAAGUCCAACACGACUCCUGGGGUUAUGACCAGACCCAAUACGAGCAGGAAGCAGAACAGAUGGUUGAAGAAGAACUCAUGCAGGCCGGUAAGCGCUCUGGUCUGUUUGGCGAUGUUUGGGGUAGCUCUGCAACUUCCACGCCCCCGACCCUGUCUAGUUAUAGCCAUCUGACAGUUAGUCUGAUUUCCAUAGAAUCAUGCGACUCGGACGAAGAGCGCAAUGAUGGGAACGACCAUUACCGCUUGUCACAUGACUCAGAAAAUGAAGAACCUGAGGUUCCUCAGGCACACAUGCCCAAUCAACUUGACUUCCCGAGCAUGGAGCAGCGAUCACAGUCAGGCAGAGGCUCUCCAUGCAGCCAAAGAAAUUCGUCGUUCAAGCAACGCUCAGACUCGAGCUCCCAUGUGAAGAGUAACAAAAGCAACAACUCCCCUGAAAAGAAUCUGUAUAACACCAACCAUGACGCGGUCGUGAACAACUCGAGCGAAUCAUUCGAGUUUCUCCCUCCGCCCGAGGGAUCAUCCGUUCUCGCGCAUACUGGGCAUUCAGAAGAGGUGAUUCCCAGUCUUGAGGACAAGCAUAACAGCAACUCGUCAUCGCCGAGGAGAAACCUUCGCCGCCACAUUCGUGGUUCCGAUAUUUAA